AGGAGGAACGGACUGGUAGCUUUGCUCAGGCUGCGCGUGUCACUUUCCAGGCAGCACCAUCCGGCCAAGGAGAAUCAACUGUGGCCGUCUGUUUUGCGACUGCGAAGAAGGCGGUCUCGAUAUUUUAUUUUCAUUUUAUAUUUCCUUAAUUUAUUUUCUGUGUCUACGAACACAAGGAGACAGUGCAACGAGCAAGCUAGCAAACGCCGAAUCUGAUGGAAAAAAUAAGUUGACUGAUCGCUUCUGGAAGACUGCUGUUUUCACUUCAGGAUAAAGGAUAUUUUUGAUCAAAAUGAUCUGGAUUUCUGGAUAUGGGGUGCAGCGAGAAUCGCGAUAUUUUUGAAGGAGAGCCAGGAACACAGAUUUCUUUAAACAUAACAUCGACAACGGCGUCGGGAAAUCAACAAAUACAGACGAGCAUCAUCUUAAUUAUCGCGUUUGUGGGUCAUAUGGCCCGAAAAAACCUAACAUUUCCACUGCUUGACUACAUUUAGAGCUUGCCUACAGUUUCGUGUUUGUUGUACACGAAACAUUCUUGUCUCUUGCAUAGCCAAAAACAAGUAGCCCAACUGAGACCAUAGCAACUUCUAUGAAGUAACCUCCAUGCAGCAAUUGGCGGUGCGAAUGACGAUGGAUUCAUCAUGAAAAGGCAAAGAUGGGAGAUUCUGACAGAUGACCGCCCCGUUUCUUAUGUGAUACGCACAGGUUACCCUCUUUUACUACAAAAAUGGGAAAUUGUCCUGGUUUUGUGAGUGGAGAGGGGACAGUCACUUCCAACAUGUGGGAGAUCUAAGGCCGUGGAGUAUUUAUUUAUUGUGGGGGGAGAGGGGUUUUGUGUCGCAUUAACAUUCUUACCAUUUUAAUUAUUUUAACCAGCGAUCUUCAUUUGUGCGUGGAAUAGCAUUUAAAUAUUAAUUUUAUACAUGCAGAUCUAUCUAGGCCUAUAGCUAGCCUAAAUCAAACGAAGUAGGUCAGAUUAGCCUAUUGCAAUUAAAAUGAAACUGUACGAAUUAGGGUUACCUUCAGAGAAAAUUGACAACUAACAGGCUUACAUUUAUUUUAUACAUAUAUUUCAGCUUCAUUUUAAUUUUACCCGGUUUAGUGUUCGCGUAUUUGACCGUUUGGUUCCCUGUUGCCCGGCUCCCAUUCCCCUCACAACUCGUGUCUAUCGUUUCGCUGCUAAGACCUUAGAUAGCGGAUAGUUAGAUUUUUAUUUCCAGUUCUCCCAUUCUUUAUUCCGCCUUCCGAGCGCUGCUGUUGAGUGAAUGGCUUUGUGUGGAGCCACGGCUUCCAACGCUGCAAAAAUGAUGGCUGCAUACAACGGCGGCGCGUCGGCGGUGGCAGCACAUCACCCACACCAUCACCACCAACUAUCGCAUGUACCACCACACCAUCUCCAACAUCAUCACCACCACCCGGGGCAGCAUCACCUACACCCCGGUUCAGCUGCUGCAGUCCACCCAGUCCAGCAGCACGCCUCUACAGCUGCUGCAGCUGCUGCCGCCGCUGCGGCUGUAAUGCUGAAUCCGAGCCAGCAGCAACCGUACUUUCCCUCGCCAGCUCCUGGACAGGCCCCCGGUCCCGCCGCGGCUGCGGCACCGGCCCAAGUUCAGGCCGCGGCGGUUAAAGCUCAUCACCAUCACCAACAUUCACACCUUUUACAACAGCCACUGGACAUCGAGCCUGACAGACCAAUUGGAUACGGAGCGUUUGGAGUAGUCUGGUCAGUUACGGACCCAAGAGACGGAAAGCGGGUUGCCCUAAAAAAGAUGCCCAACGUCUUCCAGAAUCUCGUCUCCUGCAAGAGGGUCUUCCGUGAGCUGAAGAUGCUUUGUUUCUGUAAGCACGACAACGUCCUCUCUGCCAUCGACAUCCUGCAGCCACCGCACAUCGACUACUUCGAGGAAAUCUACGUGGUGACGGAGCUGAUGCAGAGCGACCUCCACAAGAUCAUCGUGUCCCCGCAGCCCCUCAGCUCCGACCACGUCAAGGUGUUCCUCUACCAGAUCCUGAGAGGGCUGAAGUACCUGCACUCCGCUGGCAUCCUGCACCGCGACAUCAAACCUGGCAACCUGCUGGUCAACAGCAACUGUGUGCUCAAGAUCUGUGACUUCGGCCUGGCCCGGGUGGAGGAGCUGGACGAGUCGCGUCACAUGACCCAGGAGGUGGUGACGCAGUACUACCGCGCCCCGGAGAUCCUGAUGGGGAGCCGCCACUACUCCAACGCCAUCGACGUCUGGUCCGUGGGCUGCAUCUUCGCCGAGCUCCUCGGCCGACGCAUCCUGUUCCAGGCCCAGAGCCCCAUCCAGCAGCUGGAUCUGAUCACCGAUCUGCUGGGAACCCCGUCCCUGGAGGCCAUGAGGACUGCCUGCGAAGGGGCCCGGGCCCACAUCCUCAGGGGUCCCCACAAACAGCCAUCACUUCCUGUCCUGUACACCUUGUCCAGCCAGGCCACCCAUGAAGCCGUUCACCUCCUGUGCAGAAUGCUGGUGUUCGACCCCUCCAAACGGAUCUCGGCGAAGGACGCGCUGGCCCACCCUUACCUGGACGAGGGGCGGCUGCGGUACCACACCUGCAUGUGCAAGUGCUGCUACACCACCUCGUCCGGGCGGGUCUACACCAGCGACUUCGAGCCGGUCACCAGCUCCAAGUUUGACGACGGCUUCGAGAAGAACCUGACCUCCGUGCGGCAGGUGAAAGAGAUCAUCCACCAGUUCAUCCUGGAGCAGCAGAAGGGCAGCCGGGUGCCCCUGUGCAUCAACCCCCAGUCUGCGGCCUUCAAGAGCUUCAUCAGCUCCACGGUGGCCCAGCCGUCUGAGAUGCCCCCGUCCCCCCUGGUGUGGGAAUAGACUGUGAACGCUGCGGACACACACACACCAGCAGCCCACCCUCUAGCGCACGGCAGACUACUGAAGACAUAGCAGAACUACGUAGCAUUUCACUGGAGUCUAGAACUAGCAAUGUUGAUCACGUUCGUACUGUAAUAUCUACUGAUGAAGUUUCUAAAUAGUCGACCACUUAUGACAGGGACGGAGAGGGGGGUGGGGUGGGGUGCAGGAGGGAGGGGUAUUACGUGUGUGUGAGCCUUUGCCUGAAUCGGAGGGUGUGCGUUAGAGCAACGCGCACCUGCACACACACACACACACACAGCUGCUAGCGAGGCGUGGUGAGGCUCCUGCACGUUCGGAUCAAUCUGAAGGAGCGGCUCCAGACCAGUAGGGGGCGAUGGAGAAAGCACCGGGACCGGCCCGGUGACUCGCCGGCUGAAGGGCCGCGGCCCAGCUCCCCUCGGCGGCGUCUGUCCGCGGAGACGAGGCAGACGCGUCGCCCCCCCCCCCCGGCUCUCUGCGUUCGAUCUGUGGGGCGGUGCUGCGUCCGAAUGUUGAUUACUGUUAUACAGUACGGCCCGGUUUCACCCCCUUGGGCUGCUCUGCUCCUUCUCUCCCCCCCCCCCCCCGCAGCUCCUGCGCUGCUCGUCUGGCGCAGGGGUCAAAGGUCGAGGCGCGCAGCGGGCGCCGUGACCGGGUUCGAGCGUGGGGGGCGUCCGGGCACCGCUCGGUGUCAGAGCUCUUAUUAGCCCUUGUGUGAGCUGUAGACUCCCAUCCAGCGGGUCUGAUCCAGGGUUUCGCCCCCACCCUUCCUCACACCUGCGCCCGUAUGUUACUGCAGGUGCAACACACACACAGGCCGGGGCCUUGUGUUCCUGGCCCCUUUGCAAACUGCACCCAACAAAGAACGUGUUAGCUCCGCCCCGACGCAGUGUAAUAUAUACAAAAUGGCCACGCCCACCCCUGCAUGUGAUUUUUAUUAUUGUUUUAUUUUGUUAAAUUUUUUUUUUUUUUUUUAAUACUGCUUUAUACCCUUCUUGUAGCAUCUAGCAGCUGUUUAGCUGCCCAAGGGCCCGUCUCCGUAUGGAGAUGCAAAUGACCGGUCGUAGAAUGAAACACCCAAAAAAAAAAACAACCCGCAAGUCAAGCCAAAAUAACCAUUUCAGAAGGAAAUACUUGAGAAGAGAGCUGAAGAGAGGAGAGGUUCCGAGAUGUGGGCGAACCAUUUCCAGACCAUAGUACGUAAUUUAUUUCCCGAUCCGGACCGAAGGUUUUUUAAAAAAAGGUUUUCUGUGUGUGACCGAUGACUGCGGUGCUUGGCAGUGGCUGUCACCCGUUGGAGAGGGGCGUCACUUCAGGUCCUCAGAUUGUUGUUCCUGUCUCCCGCCAGCCAGAACUGCAGCUCUGCUGGGCGGGGGCGGGGGUGGGGGUGGGGGUGAGGGUGGUGCCACAAUGCUGACAGUAUUCUGACUGAGAGACUUUAUUCAUAAAGAGGAAGACAGCGACUCAGCUUCUGUUCCCUUCGUUACGCUGGGCGAUAGGUCCAUAUAUUCGCUUGUGUGUACAUACACCCCACUGCUCUGCUUUGCCACUGCUCAGAAACGCCAUCAGAGCUUAAUUACUCAAUGUAUUUUUAAUAUGGUCGGUGUUCUUUUCAAACAUCAUGACAUGCGUUCUCAUGGCCUAUGAAAUAUUGUGUAAAUACCAUUAAUAAUGGAUGGGUUUACUGGGAGGCGGUAGCUGACAGAGAGCGAGUCGAUGGAAACUGAACAGUACUGCUGUAUCGAAGGUUACCUAGCCUGUACAUUUUUAGAGCUGUGAAUUUUAUCUUAUUUUUAAGAAGUAUUUACAGGAUUAGGCAGAAGUCAAUAUACACUUGUAUACAAAGACAGUUGCAACAACUUUAAAAAAAAUGUUGCUGUGAUCUACAGAUGUGUGAGCAUGUUGCUGUUCUUCAGCUUAAAUGUUCAGAACCUUUCUGGUGUGACGAUAAUGUACCUCUUGUACAACUGUAUAGUGACUUUGUCCUUCACUCUUCAUAUGUCAAUGUGUCAGUCCAUUUCUCUUCGUUUUUUUAUUUUUAUUUUUUUUUUAAUUCAAUAGCCUGCACUGGAAAGUGUAAAUAAGUUAUGGGAAUGUUAUUGAGAGAAGAAAAAAGCAAAAAUGAAAAAUGCAUAACCAAUCAUGUUAAUUGUAUCUGUGUGUUCUCCUGAGAUGUAGAAAUGAGUACUGGAAAAAAAAAAAAUUAUUAUUUGUUUUUGCUUUAUUGUUUCAUUUUGUUAAUAUUAUUGUUUUAAUUUGACUCUCCAGAUCUUUGAAAAAACCCACUGAAUUAUUGUGUGUAUAUGUAUAUAAUGGGUUGACAUUAUUGGUCUCUACCUCCUGAGCUUAAUGACUUGGCUAUUUUCCUCCACCUGUUUUUUCAUUUUAAAGUGGAGAUGUAAAACUUGAAUGUCCCUUAAGCUUUUAUAUUUAAAACAAGAAAGCUGUUUUUUCACCUGUAUGGACAACGUAAGAUUCAAAAAAAACAAAUCUCUGUAUUUAAAAUCCUUUGUAAAUGGUUUUUGGACUGUUAGACGUUAACAUAAAUCUUACCUGUGUUUUGGGAUACGUGACCCUCUAAACCUGUGGGACCUGAUGAUUAAAGUGGCUGUGUGGA